GUUAGUUUUCAGAUAAAUAAAAAAAAAAGAGUCUUUAUUGGGUGGCAUAUGGCGGAUUGUUUUUCUUGGUGAGGCUUGCUCUGGAUCUGGAAAAGGGCGUUUAGAGGAUUGCUUCUUGAACGAAGUUGGGUGACCAAGCCCUUUGCGUAUAUCACAAUUAAUGCCAAAUGGAGAGAAUACAAUCUUGUUCAACAAUUAUGUAAGGUCAGACGGGUUUGCAAUCGACUUUGUGUUCAAUAGACGACGCAAAGAUAGUAUCGUUGUAUUACAUGACUUGACGCUCCAAGAUUUUACUUAUAAUGAAGUUGAGAGUACUUUUAGGCCUGCCUUUGUCGAUCCUGGUAGGAAGUCUGUAUUUACUGCGGCUGUUGGGUUGGGGGACGCCCAACAAAUAAGAGGAUGUAGUACGAAAGAAUAUUAUACUAUGACUGGAUCCACAAACUAUCAGAAAAAGAUGGAAAGGCUGAAAAAUGUGGGAGGCAUCACGUCUAUUGAAUCAGAAAUGCCUUCGGCCAAGACAAAUCAAUCUGAAGUAUACGAUAAGUAUGUAGAGUAUAUGUUACCCCACAGACAAGUCUUGUUCAAUUUCUAUGGCUUUCAAAGAGCAAAAGAUCGGUUUUACUUAUAUCAACAAAGGCAAAAAGCGGCGCAGAUCAUGGUCAAUAUGAUAAUAAACGGCGGCAAGAAAUAUGACCGAAAGCAAAGGAAAAAAAAAAGAGAAGAAGAAAGGAAAAAAAAUAGCUCAUGUGGUCAAGGAAUGACUGUGGUCAAGUAA